AUGAUUGUGUGGGAUAUGAGCAGUUUCCAAGGACUCUCUAAAGCUCAUCAGAAAUCCCUUCACCUCUUUCACACAUUUCCUGCUUUGCCUGUGAGGUUUAUCAUUGGACAAACAUUCUUUGGAACUGCGCCUGUUGGGGAUUUAGGUUUUGCUAGGUACAUUAUUUUUGUCAGUAACCUUCUCUUGGAGAGUCACAACAUAUCACUGACUGAACAUUCCAGUGUGCCAGUAGAAAAAAAUAUCACUUUAGAAAGGCCUUCUAAUAUAGAACUAUCAUGCCAGUUUACAACAUCUGGGGAUUUGAAUUCAGUAAAUGUGACUUGGAAAAAAGGUGGUGAACCACUUAAGGCUAAUUAUCUUAUCAAUGCAACAGGAAACAUCCUGUAUACCAAAUACACGUUCGCCAUCAAUAAUAGCAAACAAAUGGGAAGCUAUUCUUGUUUCUUUGAAGAGGAAAAGGAACAAAGGGGAACAUUUAAUUUUAAAGUCCCUGAAAUUCAUGGAAAAAACAAGCCAUUGAUCACUUAUGUGGGGGAUUCUACUGUCUUGACAUGUACAUGUCAAAAUUGUUUUCCUUUAAAUUGGACCUGGUACAGUAGCAAUGGGAGUGUAAUGGUUCCUGUUGAUGUUCAAAUGAAUGAUAAGUAUGUGAUCAAUAGCACAUAUGCUAAUGAAACAAGGUUCAAGAUCAUGAAACUUUCAGAGGAAGAUGGAAGAUCUUACUGGUGCCGUGCGUUAUUCCAGUUAAGCGAGAGUCAAGAACGCAUUGAACUUGUCGUGCUGAGCUAUUUGGUGCCUCUCAAGCCAUUUCUAGCAAUAGUUGCUGAGGUCAUUCUUUUAGUGGCUAUUAUCCUGCUUUGUGAAAUGUGCAUGCAAAAGAAAAAGCAGCAGCCAGAUGAUGGGAAAGAAUUUGAACAAAUUGAACAUCUGAAAUCAGAUGAUAGCAAUGGUAUAGAAAAUAAUGCCCCCAGGCACAGGAAAAAUGAAUCUGUGGCUCAGUGAAUGGGAAACAUCAUGUCAAAAUCAUGAGAAGAUGUACCAAGAGUUUGUAUAUCACCUUUGUUUAUCUUUACUAUUAAAAGCAUCUGAGUUUUUAUUUUGAAAAGGAUGAAAAGUUUAUGCAACAUGCUCAGCAGUAGCUUCAUAAACAAAAUAUGCUGUCUCAGUUAUAAAGGUAUAUUUGCAUUCUGUAAUUGUUUUACAUUAAAUCAAGGUAAUGUCAAGGUCAUUGAUGUAUUAAAUAUGUUUUAUGAGCUAUAACUCAGGAUAAGUAAUUUCAUUCUGGUCUUCAAGGGACAUACAGAACAUACACCAGCAAAAUCAGUUAAUAGUUGAUAGAACAAAUGUCACUCAAGGCCUAUUUAUAACCAAAGAAUUCAUUAAAGAGAAAUCCUUUGCCCUUUGUCUUAAAGUUUUUUUUCCCUUUCAGACUUACUAUGUAUGAAAGUAUUUCUAGCAAUUUUCAUGUACAAUUUAUCCUGUGAUAUUGAAAAAAUGUAUUUUCACUGGGAAUGAAUACUUUCUGCCUUUGCUAAUGAUGGUUUCUCUACAAUCUCCACAGAAAAACAUACUUCUUGUCCAUAAAUAUUGGCCUAAGGCAAGAAAAUAAAAUAUGCUUGCCCCAAAGUUCUGUCGCUACAGAAGUGAAUUUCUCAGUCUUUAUUUAACUCAUUUCCUCUGCUUUUCCACACCAGGCUGAGGUGCUUCUUAGUCUUUAAGUAGAGCAUCUGUUUUUAUGACAUGGGUUUGGACUUCUUAAGGUACACUGAUAUUGAUGUGUUAAGCCUAUAUAGUUAUAAUGCAAUACUGUCACACUGAUGCUUUUGUGAUUCAUAUUUUCCUGGUAUCUAUGGCUAUUUAAAUAUCUAGAAAUGCAUUAAUACUUUACAAUAAUAAUUCCUUUGACUGAAAUUCAGAAGUAUUAAAAUAUUUCUUUUAUGUUAUUGUGAAUGCCCUGGACUUAUCUUCAAAAACAGGAUACUUAGUUUCUGUUAUGUAUAUAAAUGAAAUAUUUUACAAACUCACUGUAACCAAAUCAAAUUAAAUCUGAGUAGACAUGAAAA